AUGGCCGCCGCCUGCCUCCGCCUUCUCCGCCGCAUCCCUCAUCCCCUCCUCCAGCCCGCCGCAGCCACUCACUGCCUCUUCCCAACCCCCGCUGCCAAGGCUGCUCUGGUCACGCAGUCGUGCCCAUCCGGCGCCGACCGCGUCGAAGGACCGCUCAGCACCCUCCGCCCCGGUUUUGCAAGUAAUGGUAACUUCAAACAUCAAUGGCAUCACAAGUUGGGUUCAUCAGUUGGUGCUGUAUUGAUUGGACACGCAGCCUUUUUUCUUGGUUUGAGCAACGGCUCUGCAUUUGCCCAGGAAGACUCAGUUAGCCCAGCUGCAGCUAGUGUGCAUGCUGAGGGAAAUGCUGCUGGUUUACAACGGAUUGAAGAUGGAUCAGUGGUCUCAAAUGAACACACGGUCAAAUGGAGAAUUUACACAGAUAAUGGGCGGGAGUUUUUCCAGAAAAGACAAUUGGAUGAGGCUGAGAAGUUAUUCCAGGCAGCUCUACUAGAAGCUAAGGAAGGAUUUGGACUUAGAGAUCCACAUGUCGCGUCAGCCCUUAACAAUCUGGCAGAGUUUUAUAGGUUAAAGAAAGAGUAUGAGAAAGCUGAACUACUAUAUUUUGAAGCAAUUGAGAUCCUGGAGGAAUCAUUUGGAUCUGAUGAUAUACGGGUUGGAACAGCUGUGCAUAGUCUUGGACUAUGCUAUCAUCUUCAACUCAAGCUUGCUCAAGCCCAGACAUGUUAUGAGCGUGCUUUGAAGAUAGAAGGAUGUGUUAUGGGGGUUGGUCACCCAGAGUAUGCAGGUACAAUGUACCUUCUAGCCAAGGUGCUCAGUCUACAAGGAAAAAGAAAAAAUGGAGAAUGCCUUGCUGAAGAGUCUAUUAGAAUACUUGAGGAAGCUGGCCUUGGCGAUUCACCAACAUGUAUACAAAGAAUGAAGUAUCUCUCUAGAGAGUUAAUAAAAUCAAAACGAUUUGCUGAAGCUGAAAUCUGGCAAAGGAAGAUAUUACAUGUUCUGGAGCUUUCAAAGGGAUGGGAUUCAUUGGACACUGCGCAUGCAGCUGAACUCCUAAGUUUAAAUCUUGAAGCCAUGGAGAAGUGGAAGGAAUCAGAAGAGCUAUUGGAACGAUGCCUUGCAGUCAAGAAAAAGGUUCUACCUGAAGAUCAUCUUCAGGUAGCUCUUACAUUGGUACACUUGGCAAGGUUAACAUUGCACAAAGUUUUAAAUGAUCUGGAGAAUGCAAACAGCGAUGUAACUGCAUAUUACCUCGCAAAGGCAAAACAGCUCAGCAAUGAUUCAAUCAGGAUUACAGAAGGAAAAUUAAAUUCUUCAAGAAAAGAUCAGAAUAAAAUUAACAGCACAUCAACUACAGAUACAGAUAAGAUUGCAGCAACAGCUAUUCUUUUGCAAUCACUUAUUGUUAUUGGAUUCAUUGAUGUUACAGCGAAGCGUGUGCUAGGGCAAGGGUUGGUACUCUUGCUAAGGCUUCCACUGGAACAUUUGAAGCAUGGAUUCUUCAAAAUGGAUGCUGUACAUAUACCAGGCACACCUCGGCCAUUUAUAUGGACCGGCACAAAUAUCAUAUAUGUCAGAUAUAGCACACUGCGAAUCCAUUUUAAAAAUAAGUUUGGAAAGGAGCAAGAUUAUAAAUCUGUUGAAGAUGUUCUGCAUAAGUGUAUUUCACUUUACAAAGAGCCUCAUACACGAAGGUUAGUGAAAAAGGCUGUCAAGCAGGACUACAUGAUGUGCCUGAGGAAGCUCAUCGUUAUGGUUCAACGGAUACAUCCGUUUCCACAGAUGACGGGGUUGCAGGAGUUGUUUGUUGAGGCCGGACAAAUUAUAGAAGAGUUAGCAGAAGAGAGUACUAGGAAGAAGUAA